CGCGUCGUACGUCUGCUGCCAUCGGCAGCGAUCGAUGAUCAGGCCAUACUCCAGUGGCAGCACUACACCAGGAAGCGAAUCAAACUCAUGGAGAAUGCCGCGGCAGCGCAACAGCAGCAACAACAGCAACAACUGCAACAAAGCAAUGGUGGCGAAGCCGCCACAGCUGGCGAGGCGGCAGCCACGGGGGGUAUGAUGGCCACAGCUAAUGGCAAUGGCACGGCAUCCGCCGCUGAGGCACAGCCAUUGGGGGGCUCGGUGCAGCGGGGCGAGCCUGGCCAGGCGCAGGCAGUGAUUCCACAACAACAGCAGCAACAAAUCAAUGGCUUGGCCACAGCGUCAAACAUCAAAUUAGAAUUAAAUUAACGAUGGCAAUUGAAAGUUAACAAAAUAAACUAGUCUAAGUCUUCUAAAA